CGGGGCUUACAGUGGCGGGAGUUGGAGGCAAUAACUAGUCGUGUUCUGAGGGGCGCAAGAUACGAUUUCUGCUGAACCUGGGGGGCAUUUCCACGGCUUUUCUGUCCGUUGAACCUUUUCCUCUGGCCCAGAUGCUUUUCAAUUCGGUGCUUCGCCAGCCCCAGUUCGGCGUCCCGAGAAAUGGAUGGUCUUCCCAGUACCCUCUUCAGUCACUUCUAACUGGUUAUCAAUGCAACUGUAAUGAUGAGCACACUUCUUAUGGAGAAACAGGAGUCCCAGUUCCUCCUUUUGGAUGUACCUUCUCUUCUGCUCCCAAUAUGGAGCAUAUACUAGCAGUUGCCAAUGAAGAAGGCUUCGUUAGAUUGUAUAACACAGAAUCACAAGCCUAUAGAAAGAAGUGUGUCAAAGAAUGGAUGGCUCACUGGAAUGCUGUCUUUGACCUGGCCUGGGUUCCUGGUGAACUUAAACUUGUUACAGCAGCAGGUGACCAAACAGCCAAAUUUUGGGAUGUAAAAGCUGGUGAACUGAUUGGAACGUGCAAAGGUCAUCAGUGCAGCCUUAAGUCAGUUGCCUUUUCUAAGUUUGAGAAAGCUGUCUUCUGUACAGGUGGAAGAGAUGGAAACAUUAUGGUCUGGGACACCAGGUGCAACAAAAAAGAUGGAUUUUAUAGGCAGGUGAAUCAAAUCAGUGGAGCUCAUAAUACCUUAGAUAAGCAAACCCCUUCAAAACCUAAGAAGAAACAGAAUUCAAAAGGACUUGCUCCUUCUGUGGAUUUCCAGCAGAGUGUUACUGUGGUCCUCUUUCAAGAUGAGAAUACGUUAGUCUCAGCGGGAGCCGUAGAUGGGGUAAUCAAAAUAUGGGAUUUACGUAAGAAUUAUACUGCUUAUCGACAGGAACCCAUAGCAUCCAAGUCUUUCCUGUACCCAGGUAGCAGCACUCGAAAACUAGGAUACUCAAGUCUGAUUUUGGAUUCCACGGGCUCUACUUUAUUUGCUAACUGCACAGAUGACAAUAUCUACAUGUUCAAUAUGACCGGAUUAAAGACUUCUCCAGUGGCUAUCUUCAAUGGACAUCAAAACUCUACCUUUUAUGUUAAAUCAAGUCUUAGUCCAGAUGACCAGUUUUUAGUUAGUGGCUCAAGUGAUGAAGCUGCCUACAUCUGGAAGGUCUCCACACCCUGGCAUCCUCCUACUGUGCUCCAGGGUCACUCUCAAGAAGUCACAUCUGUGUGCUGGUGUCCAUCAGACUUCACAAAGAUUGCUACCUGCUCUGAUGACAAUACACUGAAAAUCUGGCGCUUGAAUAGAGGCUUAGAGGAGAAAUCAGGAGGAGAUAAACUCUCCAUAGUGGGUUGGGCUUCUCAGAAGAAAAAAGAAGCGAGAGCUGACCUAGUGACAGUGACAAGUAGCCAGAGUACUCCUGCCAAAGCACCCAGAGUAAAGAGCAGUCCAUCCAUUUCCUCCCCAUCAUCAGCAGCUUGUGCUCCAAGCUGUGCAGGAGACCUCCCUCUUCCUUCAAAUACUCCCACAUUCUCUAUUAAAACCCCUCCUGCCAAAGCCCGGUCUCCCAUCAGCAGAAGAGGCUCUGUCUCCUCUAGCUCUCCCAAGCCACCCUCAUCUUUCAAGAUGUCCAUUAGAAACUGGAUGACCCGAACACCAUCCUCGUCACCACCUAUCACUCCACCUGCUUCUGAGACCAAGAUCACAUCUCCAAGAAAAGCCCUCAUUCCUGUGAGUCUGAAAUCAUCCCAAGCAGUGGCUUGCUCAGAGUCUAGAAACCGAGUAAAGAGGAGGCUAGACUCAAGUUGUCUGGAGAGUGUGAAACAGAAGUGUGUGAAGAGUUGCAACUGUGUGACUGAGCUUGAUGACCCAGUUGAAAAGCUUCAUUUGGAUCUGUGCUGCCUUGCUGGUAACCAGGAAGACCUUGGUAAGGACUCUCUAGGUCCUACCAAACCAAGCAAGAUUGAAGGAGCUAGUAUGAGUAUCUCAGAGCCUCCUUCUCCUGCCAGUCCUUACGCUUCAGAAAGCUGUGGAACACUACCUCUUCCUUUGGGAUCUUGUGGAGAAGGGUCUGAGGUGGUAGGCAAAGAGAAUAGCUCCCCAGAGAAUAAAAACUGGUUAUUGGCCAUGGCAGCCAAACGGAAGGCUGAGAAUUCAUCUCCGCGAAGUCCAUCCUCCCAGACCCCCAGUUCCAGGAGACAGAGCGGAAAGACUUCUCCAGGCCCGGUUACUAUUACUCCCAGCUCCAUGAGGAAAAUCUGUACAUACUUCCAUAGAAAAUCCCAAGACGACUACUGCAGUCCUGAACAAUCAACAGAAUUGUAGAUUCUAAUCUGAGUGAGUUAACUGAACUUUGGCCCAUUAAAACAAGACAAAAAAUACAACAGAGUGAUUCUAUAACUCUAAUCUUUAAGAAAGCUACCGUUUUUUUCAUUUUCAGAGAAAAUCCUUUCAACUCUGAAGUUUACCUACUCUGGUUCUACCAUAGCUUAUAUGCAGCUUCCUUGGGAUGAAUGCUGUGUUUAAUUCCAUAAAGUAAGUUUAUCACUCUGUAACUUUUUGAAUGAGUAGUCUUCACUUUUUAAAUUAUGCCUCUUCUCUACAAUAAUGACAUCCCAGCUCAUAGAGGCAAAAAGCAAGACUUGUCUCUUAUUAGUCUGAGACUGUGGGUGCACAGUGGAAAAUAUCUGCUGGUCACAGCAGGAGGCCUGUCUGUGAAGGCUGGUUGCUGAAGAAGUCUUCUGCUGGAGACCUCUGGAUCUGUGCUGCCUCAAACAAAUAUAAUUUCAUUUAAAAUUUAUAUAAUCUUUUCACUACACUUUUGGGAGCUUUUUUUGUUUUUUUAGUAUAUGUAAAAAUGUGAUGUUCAGAUAAGUGCAUUUAUCUUGAUUCAGUGUUCAGUGUUAAAAUACAGUCUCUUAAGUUAAAAUCAUCUUUUUUUUAAGAGCAGUGAUAAAUGUCAGCUCUUUGGAGAAACUAGGAGAACAACACUAGAAACCUUUACUUAUCUUUUUUCCCCCAAAUAUGUCUCCCAUAUGAGACUUAAGGUCCUUCUAUUUUUACUAAGCAAUUUACUAUGGUACCAAUCCAACAUCGUGUUCUAUAAGAGGUUACAAUUUUUGCCAUUUACUAGACAAAGAUAUUUAUAAAAUCAAUAGUCAUACAUUAAAGUUGGAGUUUGAAUUCAACUUGAAUUCAGUUCUCUAGGGGCUGCAACUUUUUAAAAAUAUGUCAUCAAUUUAAGAAAAAGUAAUGAUUUCUUACUGGUACUUUUAUUAAAAGAACAUAGCUCUGAACUGAAAAUCCAGAACCUAAAAAACAAUUUUUGGCUUUAACUGGAAUUUUUGGAUUCUCUUCAUAUACAUAAAAAACAGUAACCGUCUAGUAUAGCCCUGAGCUGAAAAGUCAUGGAAAUUUCUCUAAAUAAUAUAGAAGGUGUUUAGAUUGAUUCUAAGGUAAUAAUGUGCAAAAUAUUUUGAACAUCUUCCCUUUAAUCAGCAAUUACAUAUCAGUCAUCUUGAACUGUUGUUUUCUGUUUUUCCCCUUUAUAACCUCAGAGACACAAGCUCCAUGUACCUUCUAUGUACUGUGUCCUUGGAAGGGGAUCCCCCAACAAUCAUGACACUUGAUUCAUUUUAUCCAUAUCCCUAACAAAUAUGUAGAUUUUAUUCAUAUUUUUGUCAAAAUUUAAAAAUCUGUUCUUAAUGACAAAUUUUAAUUCCUUUGAUUCCUGUAAGUUAAGCUUGUACCAACAAGAACUACAUAUGUGAAUUAAACAUGGAUUCUCCGUGGUUUUAUGCAAGGAGAAAAAUAAAGAGAAGCCUCAGAAUUGCUGUUUUUGAAACAAAGCACUCCAUAGCAUUAACUGAAUAUUUAGAAACUCUACUUAUAAUUAGUGUUUGAUUUUUUAAUGUUAGGUUAUGGAAAGGUGUUAUUUAUGACCAUAUCUGCUAAUAAUGCUACCUAUCUCUUGCUUUGAAAGCCAGUGGGGGUAGGGGGUAGGAUAACUAAAGUAGAUGAUUAUAUUCUUUGUAUCCUUGAACAUCUCCUAACAGCUCUACCGAGUAAAAUUGGGGUAAAUGUGGCUGACAGAAACUGUGCUGAGAGUCUCCUGGCUGUAACACAUCCCACUUGGAAAACUAGUACUUCAAAUGGGUACCAAAGGUCAAAUGUAAUGAGAUAAUAAUUAUUCCUGCCUCUGUCAGUGUCAGACUUUGAGCUGAUCCUGAAUAAUAAAGCCUUUUACCUUAUCUGACAUCCUUUUCUGAGCUUUUUGCAUUAACCUAGAAGCAGUCUACACAAAAGAGCUCUAGUAGUAAUCAAGAAUCCCUUCUACUUGUUCAUUGAAUAAAAUUUGUUUAUUCCCAAGGAUACGAUCUAGUUCAAGCUGAAAGAGGUUUUAAUAAAAUACGUCUUGCUUGGUCAGACCUUGAGUGUGUAAGAUGGCUUGGAUUACUUGAUGAAGUAGGGUGGAGUGAUGUACUUAUUUUUCUAAACAAGUAUUUCCAGCCCAAGCUUUUCCAUUUGAAUACACUCCAAGCAUUAUUGCUACAGUGCUGUAUUAGAGUUUCCUUCGGCUGUUUCAACACAGGCCCUUAAUUUACUUUUGUGAGGGUUGACUAAUUAGUCCUUUAAAAUGUUUCCUUUAAUCUGGGCUGCACAUUUAAAUGAUGAUAAAUCAAGACCAUCUGUAGCUACCCCUGUUGGACUGGCAGAGAGCGAGUUCAGCUCACCACCCCAACCCCAGCCCUAAUAGCUUAAAACUUCACUAAGACUUUUGGAACAUCCUGUAUAGGAAUCACUUUUUAAAUCCUCAACUGUGCAAUAUGGAUGCCUGGAGGUAACUUUUUAAAGUGUGUGUGUGUGUGUGUAUGUGUGUGUGUGUGUGUGUGUUGCUUUAACCCCCAGCCUAUGGUCAUGAUCUUGUAUAGGUCACAUAUCAGGGCAACAUGUGCUUUUUGAGAGCCUAUCAUAGCAGAUAAACUGCUGCUCUCAGGUCUGUUUUUCUGCUUUUCCUAGUCCCAAGAGGGUCUGGACUUUCUUUCACACUGCUCUUAAAGCAAAGGCCAGGUAGUCUCAUAGAAUCAGUUCCACAACUAAGUAGCAUGCACAACAUUUUACAGAUGUGCAUCAGAAGAGAGACUGAGUGAGAAUGUCAUGCUGGGGAAACUGAGUUGUCCUCCUUAUGGUAAUUAAAGGGAUGAAUGUAGGCCCAGUGAGCUCUUGCUCAUCAAGUCUCACUACUUCUCAACAGGUCUUCAUAGGAGAUUCUUUGGCUGCCCCAGGUUUGGAUCAAGCCACAUCAUGAAAUAACCAGUCAUUAAAUUCUUGAGAAUUAUGGAAAACCCUGCUUUAUGCAUUAGCUCUUUAGAUACUGGUUGAAAGUUAUAGGGAGGCCAAACACUACAUUGGACAUGAGGUGAGUCUAAUGUUUCAUUAGAUUUGAUGCUAGGAAUACAAGCCCAGCUUGUUAUAAGGGAUCCAUUUUGUUGUCUAAAGUGGUAGAAAAACCUGUUUUAUUUCUGAGCUAUGUUUGAGUGCCUGCUAAAAAACACGAGGGUCGUUAGGGAAUGAUGUAGGGUAAAGUCAGCCUUUUCAAAAAUCACCUGAGCAUAUUAAGCAGCUUGUUCAGAUCUGUAGGCUUACAGCAAGUACAUAGUACACAAAUAAGUAUUAUAUUAUUAAAGAAUAGGCUUGUUCGAUCCCCAACGCUUAUCCCUCCCAUUUCCCGGCUAGCCAAGAAAGAGGAUUUCAAGGAUAUAUAGCCAGGUUCUUUAUUUUAAAUUUCAAAGGUUUAGUAUUCCAUUUAUACUUCAUUUCUCUUUAAUUUCCUUAACUUGCCACAUGCCCCUUCCUGUUUUGACAUUCUAAAUAAUUUGUAUUCAAGUCGUUUUGUGGACUAUGAAUAGCACAUUUCAAAAUGCCUUUGAUUGGAAGGCUUUCAAUUCAGUCAGCAUUUUAUUCAUCACCUGGGUGCCAAGCCCUGUGUGAGGCACCUGGACUGGAGAGUUCUUCUCUUUAUUUUUUUGUUGUCAGAGGAGUCACUUUAUCUAUGGCACGUCAGUGGGUGAAGUCAGCAUUUGAGAGAAACAGGCAAAGAUCCGAUUUUCAAGUCCUUUGAGUGAAGUUUUUUGUGAGCAGCUAUUAAUGUAGCAAGUGCUGUCUAGAUGCAAUGCAGACUCUUCCCUUCAGGAGCUUCAUUCAGCAGCUGCUUAGAGCACCUGAACUUUUCAAAGUAAAAUGCUUUUCUCGGGGCGCCUGGGUGGCUCAGUCGUUAAGCGUCUGCCUUCGGCUCAGGUCAUGAUCCCAGAGUCCUGGGAUCGAGCCCCGCAUCGGGCUCCCUGCUCGGCGGGAAGCCUGCUUCUCCCUCUCCCACUCCCCCUGCUUGUGUUCCCUCUCUCGCUGUGUCUCUCUCUGUCAAAUAAAUAAAAUCUUUAAAAAAAAAAAAAAAAAAAAAAAAUGCUUUUCUCAUGCAUGUUUUUAUUAUGUUCUUUACAAUAUUAUGAAUAAUAGUUAAAAGCAUGAUCUCUGUAGCCAAACUGCCUAGCUUUGAAUCCAAGCCCUAGCUGUGUGACCUUGGGCAAAUUCCUUAACCUCUCUGUGAAUCAGUUUUCUCGUUUAUAAAAUGGGAUUGUGUGGUUAUCACACAAAUAUAGCUCUUAGGACAGUGCCUGGCACACAAUAGCUAACGUUUGUUGAACAAUUACUGUUAGCUAUUAGUCUCAAGAUCGGGAGAGAAGGGAUUCUAUCCUUAUUUGAUAAAUGAGCAUAAAGGUUUAACUUUUCAGUUCUAACUCAUUCCUGUUCAUUCCUGUUCCACUAGAACCAUGGUCCUCAAAGGUAUGGGAACUAAAUAAAAAUCACCUGAGAAGCUUUUUUUUUUUUCCAAUGUUGCCUGAGUCUCCCAUUCCUAGUGCUUUUCAAAAGGAGCAAGUAGACCUCUAGAAAAACAAAACGAAAACAAAAGCAACUCAGGUUCCGUAGGUGUUUGAGAUUCAUGAUUCCUACCUACCAAGUACACAUUAAAAUUACAAAGGUUAUUUCAUAUGUGGUCUCAGCCAGUGUUCAAAGAGGUUAUAAUUUGCAAAUCUGUUCCCUGGACUCCUAAGCAAGCCAAAGUGAUUGCUCUCAUAGAACCCACCUCCCAUUUCCUGACCGCUGCCCCCAGCUCUGCUACAUUGUUUAGCAUGUGUUCACCUUUGGGGAGGAAGCUGCAGCUGGCUGGCCGUUAGUGCCAAUUCUUGAUCACUUGUUAGACUAUUGUGUUCCAUGGCCAGUGAGUAGGCACAUAAGAGAUGAAGCUCAAAGCAGGCCAUGUUGCUCUCUUAGUAGCUCUGAUUUUGUAGGAUGCAAGAUUCAAACAUUUGGUUGAGGAGUAAUGUGUAGACUCUAGAUUCUUUUUUCUCACUUAAUGAGAUUCUUCCCUGGGCUGCUUUUUGAUGCCAAUAAUACCUGUUGCCAGUGUCACAUCAGUGCCAAAAUACCAGCCAUGGAGGUUUCUUUGACAUUAUGGUGGAGAAACCCAGCAUUGGGGUUUCACUUAGCAUCUGAGCACCAAAUUAUGCUGCCACUGCUACUGUUAAAGACUCUGGUUUCCAAAUUUCCAGGAACUUACAAAAUGUGGUGUUCUCUGAUUAGGAGCUGGCAUCCGCACCUCUGUAAACAGAUAGUCCCCCCAUGCUCAGCCCCCUUCGUGGGUUGGUGCCAAAACUGUCAGUUCAAAUGAAGAUGUUAAGGGCUGCUUUUUGUUUCCCUGUUAUCAGCCUACUCACUUUCCAAGUCAUAGUGUGAAAGUACAGUAAUUAUACAAAUCAGCCCUUCCCCCAGCAAUAUACUACCAGAUAAUAUAUGUUACUGAAACAGUGAACUAUAAAUAAAUCAUCUGGCCUUGCUGUGUUGACAUGAAGUUAACAAAUAUUGUCACACCACAUCAUUCAAUAAUUGUUCAGAACCAUUCUUCCCCUUUUUCUCUUCCACCUUUUUUCCAUAACCUACCAUGCACUCACAAUUUUCCAUGAAUUAUUUAAUAAGCAUAAUAGAGUUUAUUAAGUGUAACUGUGAAAUAACAGUGGUACAGGAACUGAAAUAAUUAAAAUUAAAAUCCAGUAGGCAUUGUUGUCUCUGUAAUGGGUCGUUAUUUGGCCCACCAGUUAAUGUGAAGUUGGAAAUGCUGCUUCCUCAAAAGCCUUAUUGAAUUUAGAUAGCUUUAUGUAGGAGUAAGAGACUCAGAGUCCAAAAAUCAGUAUCUUCACAAGGGUUGACUAGGAAACCAUCUGAAGUGAACAUUAAUAACUUCAGGGUAGGGGUAGGAAGGAGGGUGGUUAUGCUAAACAUUUCUCAGCUCCCUAAUUAGGCAAUUAGGUAUUGGCCUUGAAGUGUUGAAUCUGUAAUUAAGUUUCUAGCUUUGGAAGACUAUAUCCUAAAACCAAGAGAUGUAAGCGAUGAAGUCUAGAAUUAUACAUGGAGAGUCGGGAGGAUAAGGAAAAUCAGAAUGUGGUUUUUUGAUGAUUAAGAAUGGUUUCUGUUACAGCCAACUCUCCUGUAAAAUAAAUUUCACAAAGAGAGGAUGCUGUUUAUCUAGCAGCUUGUUGAUUUGAGUUAUCCUAUAGUGUCCUCUUGCCCUCCUGUUUACUUUGUCAGUAUUUCUAGUCCCAUUCAUUUUCUCCUUUUUCAUGUUGUGUUGCCCACUGAACUCAGUUGAAUAGUAAUUAAAGCCAGUUGUGGAUUUGAUUCCCAAAUGGGCCAAUUCACUUCACUCUGUUCAUGGCCCUUAGCAGCCUCCCACUUACCUAUGCUAGCCAUCUGCUCCAGAAGGAGGAGUGGAGGGGUGCCUGGGGGGCUCAGGCGUUGGGCGUCUGCCUCCAGCUCAGGUCAUGGUCCCAGGGUCCUGGGAUCGAGCCCUACGUUGGCCUACCUGCUCAGCGGGAAGCCUGCUUCUCCCACUCCCACUCCCCCUGCUUGUGUUCCCUCUCUUGCUGUCUCUCUCACUGUCAAAUAAAUAAAUAAAAUCUUUAAAAAAAAAAAGAAAGAGGAGUGGAAAAAGUGUUUAGGCUCAGUAUAAACCCCAGAGACAAACUCAUAAUAUGUAUCCUCACUACAUAACUUGUAGGCAUUCUGAAAGCCUGUCUUUCCUUGUCUUUCUCCCUAAAGACCAAGUUAAUAAACCUCUUUUGAUAAACUUGUAGAUUGUUUCAUGUAAUGCACACAGUAACCCUGUGGGUGGAUAUAGUUUAUUAUCCACAUUUUGACAGAUGAGGAAACUAAAGCACAGAGAAGUUAGGUAAUUAGCCCAAGGACACAUAGCCAGCAGCUCGUGGAUUUGGUCUGACUCAAAGCCCACAGUCUUAAUUCCCAUACUAUAAUGCCUCAGAGAAAGAAACUUGUUCCUGGCCCUCUAUUAAUCAAAUACAGGAUUUCUAUUUUGCACAUAUUCAAAUAAGAACUCUCAAAAUGUUCCAGAUACAUUUGCUCUUUGAGUAAUAAAUGAAAUAAUGUUAUGUCUUGGAGAGGACACCAUUCUCAACUACCAGAGGAAGGUAAUAUACAGGGCUAGAAGCUAGAAUCAGUACUGAUAAUGUAUGUUAUAGGAACAUAAGAUUAACAAAGAUGAUUGAAAAUUAGAAAAACAGGAACAAAAGCACAGGAGUUAAAAUUCUUCAGAAAAGAAAAAGAGAAAGGCUUGCUCACUAAUGUAGGGGAAAGAAUGAAGAAUUGAGAUGAGGAUAUACAUACCCUGUGACCUAAUGAUUCUCCCCCUGUACCCUUGGGAAGCUCACAUGCACUGGGCACAACGAAGAUGUUCAGAGCAGCAUUGUUUAUAUUGGCCAAAGGCUGGAAACAACCCAAAUAUCCAUCCACAGUAGAAUUGGUAAACUGGAAUACUCAUGGUCGAAUACUAUGUAACCAUGAAACAAAAAAGAAUAAACUAGCUACACACAAAAUGAAUGAAUGUUAGAAUGGUGAACAAAAGAAGCAAGAAACAAGGGAAUGCAUGCAGUAUGAUUCUCUUCAUAUCGGGUGUUAACAAAAAAUGCCGUACUGAAGUAGGAUUGAAGGAUACAUACAUGGAUGGUAAAGGGCAAAACAAAGAUCAUUAUCACAAUAAAUCGAGAUAGUGGAUCCUUCUGGAAGGUUGUACUUGGGGAAUAACACAGGGAGGACUUGCUAGGUUAUGGCAAGGUUCUCUCUUCCCCUGCUUGGUGGUUACAUGGGUGUUUGCUUUAUAAUUAUGCCUUACAUUUAUGUUUUAUGCAUAUUUCUAUCUGUUUUAUGAUUCAUGUUUUUAAAGGUUUUUGAAAAGGAAUGAAGUUCAGAUCUUGAGAGAAGAUCAGGCAAGAAGCGGGGAUGGGGAAAUUCUAGAUAGAUUUGAUAAUAACAGUUAUUCAAAUGGAAUAAGCUACUACUCUUUUUAACACUUUCAAAGGAAAAAGGAAAAUCCUCUGUUCCCUCAACACAGAAGGAUGAACUGACUUACAUCCACAUAUACUGUCAGGAUUCACUAUAGUCAUUCAGGUGAAAAGACCAGAACUGAGCUUUCAGCAUAUUGCGCAAUCACUCAGACAUGGGAUUGGGAUUUUCAAAAUUGGGACUGAGCCAGAAGUUAGCAGGGAGGACUAGUUAGAAGAGAGAUUCCUGCAGCAUUUGGCCUCCUAAAAGCUUCACACUAAGUAUAUUUCUUCCUUUUUCCUUCUUCCUCCACUUAUAUUUUUCUCUUCCCAAGGACCAUCAUCAAAUCCAGGCAGAAUGGGCCAUGGAAAUCAAAUUCUUAUUUUCAAGAUGCAGAAACUGUCCUGAGGAAGUUAACCAAUUUGACCAAGGUCACAAAACUAGUGGCAGAAUCCAUUCUGGUACCCCGCAUUCUUUGCACCCCAGUCUUCCUGGUCUACUAGCCAUUCCUCUACAUAUCAUUUUUAAGGUUCAGUUCAAACCCUCCUACCUUCCCAUAGGAGGUAUUAACAGAUUUUCCUAAUUAAGCCUUCCACUCAGCCCCAUGCAUGGUGCCUUGUUUAAAUGCCCUCAAAAGUGCUUAUCACAUUUGUCUCAUAAUUUUUUCCAUAUUCCCUCCACCAGAUUGUAUCCUCCUAGAUGUCAAACUGGUCUUACUCAUCUCUGCAUACCCAGUGGUAUGCUUGUGAGAGCCAAUUAUUAAAUACUCGGGAAUUUUGUGAGCUGGUCAUUAAAAUGUUCGUAGCUUGAAAUCGGUCCUGAUGAGAGUCUUUACACCAGGGAAGAGACAAAAGCCACAAAUCAGGGCCUUUUUCUCCCAGGGAGCCCGCUACCAGCAUGUCACUGUACGAAUACCACCACCACCACCACCACCAGCCACCCCUGUACUCACUGUAAUGCAGAGCAGUUGCAACAAGUGUGGAGAAGGAAGGGAACCAGUGCGAACGCAGACCAUAAAGUAAAGGGAGUUCAAAAAGCAUCAGUUGAGGAACACGGGAAAGGGAACUUUUUGAAAAAUAGGUGGUUCACUGCUACAGAGAAGUUAAGAAGAUGAGAAAUAAAGCCAGCACGUCUUUGUCCUCAAGAGCUUUUUCAGUAGCAUAAUAAGGCUGAACUGUGGGAAUGAAAGGAUAGGGGCGGUUAGGAAGCAGCAGUAAAUGUAGAUGCCUUUCAAAAAAAAAAAGAAAGCAAUCUUUCUUACUAAGCAACUAUUUGCUGAAUACCUACUGUGUGUCAGGCAUUGCACUAAAUAAAGAUAACAUACAGGCCUGUCCUCAAGCUGCUCCCUGGUGCCUAGGGCAACAAGGGCACCAAGCACAGUGUGAUAAGGUUCUGAUGAAGACAUGACAUGGGGGCUGUGGGAGCACAUCAGACUGAGCCUGCACAUCCAGGGAAGAUUUCAUACCAAAGCCGACUGAGCCGAGCGCUAGAGAAGAACGUUUUCCACAUGGUAAGUGAAGGAAGGACAUUCCUCACAAAGGAAAUAGCAAAAUAGCAUGAACAACGGUUUGACGGUGAGAAAGAGUGGCUGUCUGGAGAACUCUUAAGUAGUUCCAGUUUCCUGUUAGAGCUAGAGCAGAGAGAACAGCAUAAAGCACCAGCGGGAGAUGAGGCUGCAGAAGCAAGCAGGUGUCCGGGCUAAGCACCCCUACGGUGCCCCCAUACUGAGUUUGAACUUUAUCUCGAAGGCCUUGGACAGCCACUGAAUGACUAAGCAGGGGAUAAGCCCAAUCCAAUUUUUAUUUUAGAUGAUCCUGGUAGCAAUGUGGAGGGUACAUUGGAAAGGGACCAGACUUCAGUGACCCAAUUAGAAGACUAGCAAUCCAAUCAGUGAGGAGGAUGGGCCUGAAGUAAAGUAACAAUGGUGCUGAUAAGAGGACACUGCCAAUUUGAGAGAUACUCCUGAAAUGGCAAACUAGUGUUUUCUUAGGUGGGUAAACGAGGAAUCAUGAAUCCCAGGAUCCUGGCACUGACAACUGGGUAAUGGUGGUAUCAUUUGGAGAAAGGGGACACAGAAAUGAUAGGAUUAUGAGAGGUUAUUUUCCAUGGAGACACCUAAUAGCCAGUGGAGAUACCCUUUAGGUAGUUGUAUGUAUACAAUUGCAGCUCUGAAGAGUGGUCUGGAGUGGAAAGAAUUUUUGGAGUAUUAGGUGGGAAAAGAAUAGUUAAAAGGGGAGCUCAUAGAGAUUAGCCAGAGAAAAUGUGGCACAAUGGUUCUCAAACUUGAGCGAGUAUCCCCACCAGUUUUUGAUUCAGGGGAUCUGAGGUGGAACCUGAAAAUCUACAUUUCUAACAAUAGGUUCCCAAGCCAUGCCGACGCUGCUGGGAGAACAUCCAUGUGGAGAAAAGCCAGCAUUUGGAGGUGAUCAAAGAAAGGAGAGGUGACAGAAGUGAGUGAGAAGGAGUCAUUACAGGAAAAGAUGGUCAGGAUAGAUUUCAGGAAAUGAAUAAAGUCCGGCAAGAAGAAAAACAAAUAAUGUCAAUUGCAUUUGAUCAUUUAGAGGGGUCAUAUUGGAACCAGGGGGUAGUAUCAGGGAGAAAAUGGGAGAUAGCCAAUAUAGUUUACUCUCCAUGGAGUCUGCUGAGAAGAGAAGUGAGAAAGGGUAGAUACUGGGGAGCGGGCUAUGGUCAGGAAAAUAUCUGUGGGUGGGAAAGAUGGAGUAAAUGUAUAAGCGAGGUGAAAGGAGAGUACGGGGAAGAGAAGGAAAGGAACAAAUACUUCGAGUGCCUGAUCUGAGCCAGGCUCUACGCUAGGCUCCUUAAAAAAUACAACCCUUUAAGGAGAUUAUUAUUAUCCCCCACUUUAUGGAAAAAGAAACUAAACCUCUGAGUUUAAAUAAUUUGCCUAUAGAAUCUAGUAAGUAGUAGGGAUUUAGGUCCCAGCCUCCAAAGCCAGUUCACAAGGAAAUGGCUUGAAAUAACCAUUAUGAGAAUUACAGUGUCUUCUCCCCUUCCUAGUGAAUGGAGACCAGGACACUGCUGGUUAUGGUAUAUGUUGUCAGAGGGAUGCUGUAUGGGAGCUGACUCAAUCAGAAAUGAGUCAGAAGAAAAUUAGAGAAUACCCUGAGAUUCUAGAUGCCUACUGGGACUUCUGAGGCGAUGCCUUUGGUCUCUAAUCGAAAUUGACCAAAAAUAAUAAGAGUCAGAGUUGAAAUAAAAACGUGUCCAAUUAGGAGUGAACAAGGGUUGAUUUAAAAGAUCGCUGGACUGCAGCAGGAGCUCUGAUAAAAGUCAACAGACUUUGUGCAAAGUUUAUGAUCAUCUCACGAGACACAAUAUAAUGUCUCACCCAGACUCCCUAAUCUUGACUCUGCCACUUGCUAAUUCUGUGGUCUUCUGUAAUUUAUUGAAUCUUUCUGAGCCCCAGUUUCCUCACCAAGUGAGAGAAGCAUUCGGGGUAUUUUCCUCAUUGUCAUUGGGUGGGGGUCAAAUGAGCUGGUAUGUAUAAAGUGCCUAGACAAGUUCCAGGCAUGUGCUAAGUUUUAACUGUCUAUAGCUGUUCUGGGGUGCCAAAAUUCCUACCUUGAAGAACAAAUGGUGGGGAAGAGAGACACAUGUGAUCUUAACAGUAUGGUUUGUCGAGGGCUCAGGCAGCACAGAAAUUAUAAAUUUCCAGCAGAGCUCAGCAGUCUAGGAGCAGAGGCAAAGAAGGAUGAGUUAGAGAUUAACCAAGAUAGGAAGUCAGCAAGAAAAGACCCAGGAAAGAAUAAAGAAAGGAUCCAUGAGCACCCUCGAAUGGCGGACCAGUAGGUCCAGGCUGGACAUGGAGGAAGUGAGAGAUUCUGGGGAGGGUGAACAGAUGAGGAAGAAAUAUUUUGACAGGUAGAAAGAAGUUAAGUGGUCCAAGUAGGGCUGUGAGAAUUUGAACCAUUCUGAUGCCCAUGGCCAAAUUAUGUUCAUCACAGUGAGUAAUGUUGUUGGGCAGAAUUUAGUCAUUUGUAGUUUUCAAAAUGAUGGUGAAUCCUGGAUAUCUGGAGGGUCCCUUUACCUCUCAGGGAUGAAGUGACCAGGAAAGCUGUGAGGCAGGCCUUAAACCACUGAGGAGGAUAAGAGAAUGCCAAAAAUCAGUAACAGUUGAAUGGACAAGUUGGCCAGUAAGAUGGGGUGGCGUGCCCAAGAGGGAUGGAGAAGCAUGGUCUGGGGAAACAAAGGGAACUCAGAGAAUGCCAGGUUGUUCUCCUGACCUUGAAAACCAGGGGAGGUAGAGAAGUGGCCUCCUCUGGAGAGGGCAGGGAGACAAGGCAGGUCAGGUUUUCAUUUAGGAUAAGAAGGUAGGAAGAGUGUGUGUUAAAAAUGUGGGGAAUGUAAGGAAGUGUGUUCAGUUAAUGUACUGUAUAGUCCAGAGGCAAGGAGAUACACGUUCAACGGCCUAGAAACAGUUAAGUACCCAGUCCUGCGGUAGGAUUCCUGCCUGACAGGAAGUGAGAGUGGGAGGCCAGCUCUGCCUGGGCCUACCACCUCAGGACAGCUCCCUGCCAGAGGAAGGAACCGUGGCCUGCUGGGUCAGUGCACUAGGCCUAUUUCUGUACAUUCAGGCUGCUGAGUAAUGGCUCCAAAGGCAGUGCCAGCACCUAACAGGGCGCAAGGGGAAAGUGAGAAGUAGGGUUUGGCACCUUAUGUUGGGACCUGCUGUCACAGGCCCAGCCCUCCAGUUCUGUGUGCCAGACCCUCAGCUACAGCUCUCACUGUGAGCCUGGAUGACCAGCCCCGCAGGUCUGGCUGAGAUGCCCAGGAAGCCCUCAAGAAAGAAGAGCUCUGUGGUUUCCUCAAAGAUCGAGAAUUCUGAGUACUUACUUCCUGAAGGAGAAUUGCCAGUCUGGCCAACUGGUCAACCCACUAGGCUAGUGCCUCAGCUCAAUGGCCCUCAGAAGUGAAUCCUGUCUUCUCUCGCUGCCAAAAUGUUCUUUUAAAAUUACUAUGAAAUGACAAUGACAUGCAGGAUACAUACAAACACUGCUCCAAACCUGAGGUAUCAAGGUGUGUAGUUUGAGCUAGAGUGUACUUUGAGCUAGAUUCCAAAGGUGAGGAUUCACCUGUACUCCCCUAGCCAGAACCCCGUGUGUCCCUGUUGAGUACAUGUGUGACUACUGACUGGGGCGAGGGCUCAGUCUAAUAUGGGAAUGGUCACAUAGACACAAAGGUCAAACUUGUGAUCCCAUGAGCACAGGGCUCUAGCAACUUGCACUAAUGGGCCCUGAAAGGCCGUAGGACAAGCCUUUGGGUUAGUUGCUACUGAAUAGAUAGGCCCAAAGACUCUGCCCUGGAGAUGCUAGUGGCUCUUCAAUUCUAAGUCUGGUUGCCUUAAACCCUCCAACUUCCCUUAGAUCAUUUAAGGCCUCCCAAGUCUGGAAAAUUAUAGAAUGCCUUUGAUUUCCUUUAUACUUCCCCCUUUUCUUAAAAAGUAAACCCUGUUAAUUUCCUGGGAUUUCUUCUUAGGAAUUCAGGUUUUCUCUUCUAUAGUAAAUACCUCUAAGAAAUAAAGGAAUUGGGAUCCAACAGGUUUGAGUGGUUUGCAGUGAACUCAAGAACUCUACAGCACAGCAGUGAUUAGAGCCCAAUGGGAGCUCUGCCUCUUUCACUUGACUCACCCCUUGCCUGCUUGCCUCUGGUUCGUGCCAGUCUAAGAACCAAACCAGUGAUGGCUACACUUAUGGGCUCCUUCUCCAUCGCUGCCACCUGUCUCUCUGUGACAGUCUUAGACAUCACUACAUCAGGGAGACAUUAUCUUCACACUAGGGGAACUUUUCGGACAUAGACCUCUGGCAACCACUUUUCUGUUCUGUUUCUACGAGUUUGCCUUUUUUUCUCUUUUUUAAAAAAGUUUUUGGAUUCCACACGCAGUGUUUGUCUUUCUCUAUCUCACUUUUUUCCCUCAGCAAAAUGACCUCGAGAUCCAUCCAUGUUGCAGGAUUUCCUUUUUCCUUAUGGCCGAAUAGUAUUCCAUUGUGUGUGUGUGUGUGUGUAUCUCACAUCUUUAUCCAUUCAUCUGUUGAUGGACACUUUUAUCAUUUCCAUACCUUGACUAUUGUCAAUAGUGCUGCAAUGAACAUGGGCGUGCAGAUACUGCUUCAGGAUCCUGUUUUCAUUUCUUUUGGAUAAAUACCCAGCAGUGGGAUUGCUGGAUCAAAUGGGAGUUCUAUUUUUAAAUUUUUGAGGAAUCUCUGUAUUGUUUUCCAUAGUGGCUACAACAAUUUACCUUCCCAUCAAUAUUGUACAAGGCUUCCCUUUUCUCUACCUCCUCAACAACACCUGUAUCUCUUGUCUUUUUGAUGGUAGCCAUUCUAACAGUAACAGGUGUGAGGUGAUAGCUCAUUGUGGUUUUGAUUUGCAUUUCUCUGAUAAUUAGUGAUGGUGAGUACUUUCUCAUGUACCUAUUGGCCAUCUGUAUGUCUUCUUUGGGAAAAAUGUCUGUUCAGUUCCUCUGACCAUUUUUUAAUUGAAUCGUUUGGGUUUUUUGGUUUUUGCUAUUGAGUUGUAUGAGUUCUUUGUAUAUUUGGGAUAUUAACUCCUUAUAUAUGAUUUGCAAAUAUUUUCUACAUUUCAGUAGGUUGCCUUUUCAUUUUGUUGAUAGUUUCCUUUGCUAUACAGAGCUUUUAGUUUGAUGUAGUCCCACUUAUCUUUUUCUUUUGUUGUCUUUGCUUUUGGUGUCAAAUCCAAAGAAAUUAUUGCCAAGACUGAUAUAAAGGAGCUUAACCCCUAUAUUUUCUUCUAGCACUUUUAUGGUUUCAGGUUUUAUGUUUAAGUCUCUAAUCUAUGUGAGUUGAUGUUUGUGUAUGGUGUAAGACAGAAGUCUAGUUUCAUUCUUUUGCAUGAGGCUGCCUAGUUUUCCUAGCACUAUUUAUUGAAAAGACUGUCCUUUCCCCCAUUAUAUAUUCUUGGGUCUUUUGUUGAAAAGUAAUUGACCAUAUAUGCAUGGGUUUAUCUUUGGGCUCUCUAUUAUGUUCCCAUUGAACUAUGUGUCUGUUUUUAUGCCAAUACCAUACUGUUUCUGAUUACUAUAGGUUUGUAAUUUUGUUUGAAAUGAGGAAGUGUGAUGCUUCCAGCUUUGUUCUUUUAUAACAUUUCUUUGGCUAUUUGGAGUCUUCUGUGAUUCCAUACAAAUUUUAGGAUUGUUUGUUCUAUUUUUGUGAAACAUUCCAUUGGAAUUUUGAUAGGGAUUGCAUUGAAUCUGUAGUCACCUUGGGUAGUAUGGAUAUUUUAAUAAUAUUAAUUCUUCUAAUCCAUGAACAUGGAAUAUCUUUCCAUUUAUUUUGUCUCCUUUGAUUUCUUUCAUCGGUGUUUUAUAGUUUACAGCAUACAGAUCAUUCACCUCCUUGGUUAAAUUUAUUCCUGGGUAUUUUAUUCUUUCAAUGCAACCAUAAAUGGGGUUGUUUUCUUAAUUUCCCUCUGAUAGUUGUUAGUGUAUAGAAACACAACUGAUUUUUGUAUAUUGAUUUUGUGUCCUACAUCUUUAUUGAAUUUGUUUAUUCUUACAGUUUUUUUGGUGGAGUCUUUGGGGUUUCUAUAUAUAACAUCAUGUCAUCUGCAAAUAGAGACAGUUUUACCUCUUUCUUUCUGAUUCAGAUGUCUUUUUAUUUCUUUUUCUCGCCUGAUUGCUCUGGCUGGGACUUCUAACACGAUGUUAAAUUCAAGUAGUAAAAGUGGGCAUCCUUGUCUUACUCCAAAUCUUAAAGAAAAAGCUUUCAGCUUUUCACUGUUGAGUAUAUUAGCUGUGUACUUGUCAUAUAUGGCCUUUAUUAUGUUGAAGUACAUUCUCUCUAUACCCAGUUAUUGAGAAGUCAUAUAAUCUUUACAACAACAUGGCAAGGGAGUCCUUUUAUUAACCCCAUCUUGAAGAUCAGGAAACUGACCUUACAGCUUACAACAGUUGAGUAACUUCCCCAAAGUUUACAAGUGGCGAAGCCAGAACUGACCCCAGCAGUCCGACCCCCACAAAGCCCCUUUUGAGAGCUGAAGUAGAAGAAGGCCUAGGGGGAAACAAGCUAUAAUUGUGGCUCCUCCAGCCUGCAGCAUGCCAAGAGAGAGACAGCCUGUGGUGUCUGUGUUAUACAUUUAGCCAUGGAAGACACUGCAUGUUAUACCACACUUUCCUCUGUGUGUGGCUUAGUAUUUUUAAAAAUCCAUUGUGAGCUCCUUGAGACAGGAAUCAUGUUCCACUAUAGCACUGCACACAGGCCAAGCAAAUAUUCAGUAAGUACACUGUCUUUGUCCAUUGGGGCUCAGAAUUACCUGAGGACAGAGACAUGCAACACAGAACAUCAGAACUACAUCUUAAAGAUCUUCUAGGCUUAGAGUCUCAUUUUACACUUGAAGAAA